AUCCCAGGUUGUAGCCUGUAGAGGACCAUAUUUCCCUGUUUCCCUUUGGCGUUGAAACGCUAGGGUUCCGACUUCCGACAGCUACAGCAACUCCAAACCGAACAAAGCACAAGUCUCUGUUCUAAAUAUACACAGUUACACAAACUUGUUUGGAGUACCGCUAGUAUAUAAUUCAGGGAAACGUAUUCUGUACGACCUUAAAGUUUAGAUUUAUAAUUCCAGAAAUCACGGGACAUGCCCUAAAUUACAGAAAACAAGGGGAUUGUUCUAUGAAUGCGUCCGCUUCAAAUUCAGGCACUUCUUGUACAAUGUCUUCGUCUACAAUGAUCAUUUCUGCUGAUACAGCAGAGCCUUCUCCGCUUGAUUCAGUUCCCACCUCGGCCGUCAAUGGUUCUGCUACCUCUCCUUUGAACAGUGACCAAAACCCACCUCACUCAUCCGCAUCUUUGUCCCCGCCUCCAGAACUCGAACUACCUGUAUCGUGGCCCCAGGAUGGAAAGCUUAGUCUCGAUUGGAUCUAUAAUCUUAUGGCUUGCUUCGACUGGUCUUCCAAGAACCUCUCCCCUUCUGAAUUUCCUUGUGUUUUCCCGGUCCAUGUCUUCGACUCUCUCAUCCUUGUGGCUUCCAAAAUGCUUCACAAAGAACCUAACUGUGUAUCUGUAGACCCCUUUCAACCCAAUUCUGACUCCCGGGACCGAGCUGCUUCCGCAGUUGUCGUUGUGGGGGACGUUCACGGCCAAUUGCAUGAUCUAUUGUUCCUCCUUAGGGAUGCUGGUUAUCCUUCUCAAAAUCGCAUAUUCGUCUUCAAUGGGGAUUAUGUUGAUAGAGGAGCUUGGGGUCUGGAAACUUUCUUACUCUUGUUAGCGUGGAAGGUGUUUAUGCCGCAUAAUGUGUAUUUACUGCGUGGGAAUCACGAAUCAAAAUACUGUACAUCUGUUUAUGGCUUUGAGAAGGAAGUUAUGGCAAAGUACAGUGAUAAAGGUAAGCAUGUAUAUCGGAAAUGUUUGGGAUGCUUUGAAGGUCUUCCUUUGGCAUCUAUUAUAGCUGGACGUGUAUACACAGCUCAUGGAGGACUUUUCCGCAGUGUAUCUGUGACUCCAUCGAAGAGAUUAAAAGGAAAGAGGAACCGUAAGAAUUAUUCCAUCCCUGAUAAUAAAACCUUGUCUCUUGGUUCGUUGGAAGAAUUAUCUAAAGCUCGGCGAUCAGUUCUUGAUCCUCCUUGGGAAGGUUCAAACCUGAUUCCUGGCGAUGUUUUGUGGUCUGAUCCUUCGCAAACUCCUGGCCUUUCUCCGAACAAAGAAAGAGGCAUUGGCUUAUUGUGGGGUCCUGAUUGUACUGAGGAAUUCUUGAAGAAGUAUCAACUAAAGUUUAUCAUCAGGUCACAUGAAGGUCCUGAUGCGAGAGAAAAGAGGGAUGGUUUUGAUGGAAUGGAUGAAGGUUACACUAUCGAUCAUAUUGUGGACUCUGGAAAGAUGAUCACCCUUUUCAGUGCUCCAGAUUACCCACAGUUUCAGAAACCUGUUGUCCGUUCUCUGUCAAAGAAGUGCGGAGCAAUUCCUCUGCUUGAAAGAUCAAGUGACAAUUGGCAGCUGGUCUUAAGUGACGGCAAUGACUGCAAAUACAAUGGUUUGAGACGAUCAUGAGGAAGCUAACGGCAAAACCAAAAAGUGGCACCAGGGGAAGAUCUGUAGCAUGAUGACUGGCUAUCAUAGCAGUGAAUGACUGUCAUGGGUUGGGAGCUUGUGUGCAGCUCUCUGGUGACAGCAUCAACAACUUUCAUGUGGGGAAUAUUUUGUGGCAAAAGUCCUCUGCUUUCAAGUGGCUAGUUAAUUAGGCUAGGAGGGGCAAAUUUGUCAAGAAAGAUGAUUCCCAGGAACCAGUACAUUUCCUCUCAUAAAUUAGAGAUGUCCUCUCCCGCAAAUGAGGGAAUUGAUGAUUUCUGAGGAUAGCAGUCUGGCUUGUACCAAACAUCAGGAAAGCUCUUUUCCCCCACCCAUUCCCUUUCCCUAUCUCUCUCUCUCCUAUAUCUAACAGGACAUAAAUGCAUUGUUAAUCUUUUAUUUUUGAGAAGAACCAAAAGCUCGAAGGUAUUUAGAAUUUUUGAAUUGUCUGAUAGAAAAAAUAGUCGAUAAUCUUCUCUGAAACAGCUCUUUUAUUAGCUGGUUACUAUUCAUUUCAAGAGUAGGAAUUGUGUGAACCAGUCAUGACAUGUGGCCUUGCACUAUGUCAAUUAAAGCAAUAUUAUUAAUUGUGAUGUGAACAAACAGUGCAAAUUGAGUCAAGCCAUUGUUCUUUGACUUCUGUACUUCUGGUCCCUCCUUAUUGUGGUUAUAGUGUAGUUGAAGCAGGGAAAGAUCAUGUCUUAUGCUUGGUGCACAUUACUCAAGCACAUGUAUGAGGAAGUAAUGGAAACUUUAAAUGCAUUCUGUGUAGUAUUCCAUAUCAAAUAUUCAUAUAUUCAUGAUGUCUUCCUUAUCUAGGCCGGAGGUUGAAUUCUUUAUAUUCUUUUAUUUCUUGUAGUCUUGCCUGCAAUUGUAAUUUGAUGCAAGAUGGUUGUUUGCUUUGUUAUGCUUCUAUCCUGUUACAAAUUAGAUUUGUUUGCUGCAGAGAUUUGAUCUCGCUUAAAUUUCCUGUUUGUGUGCUUUAUGUCAAAAAAUAGUUGCCAAUUUCCUUUUUGUCUUGCUAAAAUGAAUGUGAAUUUCCUGUUUGUGUAUUUUAUGUAAAAAAUGCUUAUUUGUGAAUUUCCUGUUUGUGUAUUUUAUGUAAAAAAUGCUUAUUAGUUGAACCGCCCAAUGUGAUUCAUCACUCAAUCUUUUGGGUUAAUGAGCAUUUUAGAUCCUAACUUAUUGGGCGAAUAGUAAGAAUCUUGAACUUCUGAAAUAUGUUAAAACUCCUCUCAACUUCUAAAUUAUGAGAGUCUGAAAUCUCACUAUUAAGUUGGAGAAAACAAUUGUUACUUUUAUAGUGGUGAGGCCUAGUCAUAUGUUGAUGUGGCACUAAUCUUGACCCUUACAAAUAAUGGUUGUUUUUUCUAACUUAACUGCGGGGUUUCAGGUGCUUGGAAUUUAGAAGUUGAGAGAAGUUUUUUGCGCAUUUUAAAAGUUUAGGAUUUAAGAUGCUAUUCUUGCAAUAGUUUAAGGUUUAAGAUGAUCAUUAACUCUUCUUUCUUUCUUUUUUUUUUUGGAUAAAGGUGCAAAGUUAGUCACGAAUUAUUUUCUGACGAAUACUGGAUAGCCUAUGUUAUUAAGUGAUGCAAAAUAAAUUGUCAACUAAAGAAAAUAGAGCAUCUAGCUCCAACCGUUAGGUUUGAGCAAAUGACGUUAAUUUCUCCCUCUCUCUCCAAAUCUUCUCUCUCUAACCCUCUCAUCGAUCUCUUCCUCUUUGCACCUGCAUCCACAGCUUCCAUCACCAAGUUCCAUCCAUACUGUGUCAUAAAUGCUCCCACUACUCUGCGUCCAAGAAUUAGCCCAGUUUCUCAAAAUCAGUCCUUCUCUUUCGUUGUGUUUUCGAAUCCUCUUGGGAACCAUGCUUUGUUUUUUGUGUCAUCAUCUUACUUGAUCUUAUUUAUAGCCCAGAUAAAUUCCAACCCUGAUGCCUCCAAACCCAAAGCUGUCUUCUUUAAUAGCUCGUUAGUGAACGUUGUGGUGCUUCCAAAGCAUACGUAAAUCACUGAGUUUGGUUCCUUGUGGUCCAGCCACUUCAGGCAUUCAUGGUUUAUGUUUGAGGCUAAAGCUUGAUUUCGCCUGUUUGCUUUUACUUCUGUGUCGUUAGUUCAGAGCGAGGCUGGGCCUAUGUUCCAAGGAUUUCUUCCAAGAACGUUCCUGUAGAAAUCUGAAUAAGCUGGCUCAAGCUUGUAAAAGCUGUUCACCAUGACCCUAUAGCAUUUGGAGUCUGAAUCUGCGGAAGUCCUGAACACUUUGGACACCUCUGUUUCAUCAUCUUCGAGCUUUCUAGAAUCUGCAACAAUGGGAAUCUGUGGGAGUGAGGGCUAGAGAGAAAAGAUCUAGAGAGAGAGGGAGAAAUUAUGUUUGACUCAAAAUGAACGGUAGAUGCUAGAUGCUCUGUUUUUAAUUAGUUGAUAAUCUAUUUUGCAUCACUUGAUAGUAUAAGCUAUUUGGUAUUCUUUAAAAAAUAGUUCAUAAUUAAAUUUGUACUUUUAACCCCUUUUUUCCCCAUAAAAUUCGUUUCUGGGUUAAACUGUUUUGGAGUUCCUUCAAUCUAGGCACUGUUUUUC